ACAUUUGUGUGGCAGUCUUAUCCCGUCUCUUCUCAGGAGAGAGAGAGGGAGAGAGGGGGUAGGGAUUGAGAGAAUGGCGGCCGUGCAAUGCACCCGAUGCAUGGUAGAAAGGAAAGGGUUUCGGCGGGAACUUGAUUCCUGGCGACAUAGACUGAUACACUUCGUUGGGUUUGAAAGUAUUCUGGUGGGAAUUUAUGGCCCAAUGCUGCUGAGAGACCUUAAUUUAUUUGUGGACUGUGAACCUGAUGAGUUGGAUGACUGGUCGGCAGAGGCAAGCCUCUCAACAUGUUCAUUCUGUAAUCUGCCACUGGACAAACUCAAUGACCAAGCUGUGUCACCUCUCUCCUCCCCUUCUGAUUACUCUCCUUGUCAGACCUCAACCAUCUCUGAGAGCAGCCAAUCAGCACACAAGUUCCUUCAAGCUGUGUUUCACAAGAAAGAUGUGACCCUGGAUUGUGAUCCCAAAAUACCUUCAGUUGCCCAUGAACUGAUGAAGAAGAUGAUACAUAAGUUUGCUGAGGAGUAUGCAUCCAAGUGCCUGCUCCGUACCACAACAAAUGGAGUUACAAGACCCUCAUCUCCGGUGCCAGAGACAUCAGAUGCUCCUCUGGAUCUCACAGUGAACCGAACAGAUGGUGUGUUGGAUCUCUCGAACCGGAACUUCACAAGCUCUGCAACAACAUCACCCAAUUCCAACACCUCAGGUUCCUGGCUGCCAUCUGUUACAGAAGACGGGGGAGUUGUGGGACAACGAGGGACUACGUUACACCAUCGUUCUGCUUUGGAUGCCGUUCUACGUUCUCUCUGCCCACCACACCAGUCCUUACUCUACCAAAUCCUUAAACUAGCUCAUCAGGAAAAAUUGCUUUCAUUUCACAGAUCAGUUGGUCAGGCUGAGUUUCACUGCUGUCAUUGUGGCGUAAACCCACAAGUUGAUAUAAAACCCCAUUCAGUCUUUUUAAAUGAAUGCAACACCCAUCACUACAGGUUCUACUGCCCUUCAGGUGAUUGUAAUCAUCAAAGUCGUUGCAGUUUCCCAUACCAUCUGGGAGACUCUGAAUCUUAUGGCAGGCUUCACCACCACUCUUUCAAAGACUGUAACAGUGAAAGUCAGCAGGGCUCAAGCUCCGACUGUGUGCAGAGGUGCAGGACAGAAAAGUGUCCAGCUCCAUGCUCCGAGACGUUACACUGUAAUUCCAGCCAGAGCCAUGCAGCAGGCUGUGUAAACAUGCUGAUGUCAAAUGUCUCGUCCACGCUGUGCACUUCCUCCUCUAGAUUAUGCAGGUCUGUCUUUCAUAAGAAACACCUGUCUUGCUCCUGUUCUUGUUGUCAACCCCAUAUAUGUCCGACACCUGUUGGAACCAGAGAAGAAACUGGUUUUGGAGAUGGGGAUAGCGCUUGUACUGUCCUGAACAGAGAGCGUAGUCCUUCUCCUCCUCGUCUUUCUCCUAUUCCCCAAGAUAUCAGUAAGAAAAUGGAUGAAAAGCCACCAUCACUUUCAUAUCACACUCAGGGGAAGGAAGCUGACCUUACAGGUAAAAACAGUCAGAGGAGUGCUUGCCACAUGGCAGGUGUAGAUGCCUCCACAGACGCCGAGCUGCAAUAUAAUACUGUAGGACAUAAUCAGGCAGAACAGAACCUGGGGGGAAGUUCGCUGCAGGAUAUUGUAAGACGUGUCACUCGUAAUCUGGACACAAUCACAGCAGACCCUACUCUGGUCUCUACAACAGCUCUUUAUGUUUCUGAGGAUCAGUCCCCAGAUGCCUCAACCAGCCAGCCAUUCCAUGCUGAUGCCCAGCUGACUGAAAUCAUCACCACAGUGCUCCACACAGGCAGUGCUAGUGACUACAAUCUUAAUGAGCUGUUUAACCAGCAUCAUAACAAAGAGCCAAAGUCACCUAACACCCGUUCCCGGCGGCGGCAGGAAAUUCAGGUCGCUACUGCAACACCUGCUGAUGAUGCAUGUGCCAGAAGGAGUGCCUUAGCAAUAAAAAGGGAGUUGGCUAUGCUUGAUCUGUCAUACAGUAAGAGAAUGGGGACGCAAGCAAAGAAAGUAAGACUGAAAGCAAAGAACCUGUCUGUACCUACUUCUGUCACUUCCCCAGACUCGGAUCUAAUUAAAGAAGCUUGUGAAAGAGAGACAGAAGCAAGGGUAGAACUUGGAAAGAAUCUAGAUCUAGGGGUUAAUGAGGGAACACCGUGCAUAAUUUCUGUUGAAAGUGACAGGGACAAAGCUAAGGAAGAUGUGAAGGCAGAGAUGGUAACAGAUGAACUUGAGACUGAACAGGAAAAGAGAGAAGGAAUAACAUGUUUUGGCAAAGGUGAGCCUACCAUUUCUAAUAUUAGACAUGCCCCUGAGCUGCUGAACACAUGUGGAAAACAAGUUCUAAAAGGUGACCAUGCAGUGCAAGCACAGACCGUAUCGAUGACUCCCAUAUCUACUAUCUGUAAUGAAGGGUGUGGGUGGAGCCAAGAAGAAGCCAUAUUAGUUCAAAACUAUGAUAUAGACAGUACACCAGAUAAAGGUACUCAUAGUCCAAUGAAUGAGGGGCAGAAAUGUAAGUCACAUCAGUCCAGGGGAAUAAGAAAGUCUGUGAGGAAUAUAGUCCCUCCACAACGGCUUUCUUCUUACAUCACAUGGCAUACUCCUAUUUCUCAUGCCUCAUCUGUAGAAACUGACAUCACCCUGGCAAAAUUAGACAGUAAAACUGCUCCUUACCCACAGGGACACAAAGGGAACCUUACCUUUGAGCCAACACCUAAGGAACCAUCUGAACCAGAGGGUAAAUGCCAGAUCUUACAGAAUACUGAGGCCAUUGAAAAGGGGAGUUCUCAAAAAGAGAGCCCUGAAAAGGAAACUGAUAGCAGUGAUAGUUCUGCAUAUGGAAGACUCCGGCCAUCUACAAGAAGACUAAAAGCUUUGAAGAUGCUCCAAAAUACAAUAAAUGUUAGCAGUCCACAAAGCCCCAAAAUUCAGUACAGCAGCCCAAUAAAGCUCAUGUAUGUAUCCCAAGUGAAGGAUAAAGAAGGAGUUAAGUAUAGUCUUAAGUCAGCCGGUUCUGGUUCUAGUUUACAAACAGAGGAGGCAUUUGACCCAUGUGUAGAGUCUUCGUGGGCAGGGACACCUCAGAAGCACAAAAGCCAAAGCAAGGAGAAUGCAGUAUUGCCCACAAAGAAGAGUCCUUCACCAGCAAAAGCAGUUACCUCACAUGAAUCACCUACAUCAUCACUGGCCAAAUCAGCAACAUGUCAGUCUUCACCUAGGUCAGCUGCCUCUUCACCUAAAAGCAGUGCAAGAACAAGUGAUGGUACUCCAUCCAAACGUUUGUCUGAAACUGAGAACCAGCGAUCACCACGUGACUUGAUGUCCCUUCCUGAAACCACUCCUCCAAAACGACGUCCAGGCCGACCAAGAAAGCUAGGACCCCAGCUCGAGCAAAAAGUGAAGAGGCCCAUUGGCCGUCCACGGAAACAGAAAGAUUCAGAUGCUGUAUCGGAGUCACUAAAUGGAAAAGGUUCCAAAACUGAUGCUGAAGACGAUGUCACCAAGAACCUUAAAAUAACAGUUGUGUAUGGUCGUUCGAGAAGAAACAAACGAGUGGUGUCUGAGAGUUUUGACCAGCUACAAACAGAUUUCAACAAUACUUGCCAUGCAGUGGAUCUUAAAAGUGACUUGGGCUUUUCAUUACACUGCUCAACAAGGACCUCAUGUAUCAUUAAAUCAUUCCCAGAAGAAUUGAGUUUUAUUAGAACUGCAAAAGAGCCCCCAACUCAGUCUAUUAGUAGCAUUAAAAGUCAGGUGCCUCUUGAAUCUGCACCCUUGAGAAAACCAGGCAGACCUGCAAAAAUUAAGAUCUCUGGAAUUUCAGUCACUGUUACUUCUGCGUCACCUCGGCGUCGCCAAAUUCAGAUAAAUAGAGAGACCCGGAUAUCACCCAAAUCAAAACCUCCAAAGAAAGUACUCCUAUUAGAGUCUGAAAAAGAGCCUUGCAUAGGCAGCAGUCCAUUACCUAUUCAAAGUAAUUCAACAGAGGUGGUGGAAGCAAAGAAUAGAAAUAAAUGUGAACUGCCAGAUCAGACUAUACCAUUAAGGCACUCAAAAAGGGAGAGGAAACCCUCAAUACACCUCGUGCAUGCUGUUGCUACCUCUACCUUUAGGACAUACAAUUGCAGUCAUGCUCUGUUGAGGCGCUCCAAGAAGCUUCUUAUAAACAAGGCAAGCAGUGAAAGAAGACAGGAGGAUCAACAAGCAAGUUUAGAAACUCAGACACUAAAACGACAGCCUUCUAGAAAAGAGCGAGAAAGUACCACUCAAGAUCUGAGCAAACUGGCAAAGGUUUCACUAGAAUCAAUCUUUAGCCCAAGAGAGACGGUACGGUGGUGGGUGGCAUCGGCUAAGGAGAAGACAAUGAGCCAGGAGCUUGCCAGACGGAUAAGAGUGAUCUCUGACACGUGGGUCACUGAUUCUCCUGAGGACCAAGACAAAGAAGUGGUCCAUAAUUCUAAUCUAGACACAAUGGGAAACAGUCCAGUAACCAGAAAGUCAAAAAAGUCCUCUGCGGUCCGAGCAUUGUUUGAUUGUUCACCCAACAAACCAAGGUCCUGUAGUAUGCAGAAGAUCUGCUCCUGGUUUAUGCAGACCACCGAGACACAGUCUUUGGCUAUUGUCAAGAAGGCAAGCUCCCGUAAUCCAUUUGAAAUCAUGCACUUCCCUCGUUCUACCAAUAAUAAAAGUGUUUGCCACAGUCCGCAGGCAGAGCGGCUCCGCAAGCAUAUCAAAAAGUUUCCAAAGACUGUACCAAAAAGUCCUCUACAGCAUCAGCUGGCUAUGCUACAACUGAGGAAGAAGAAAAAGGCUCAUCAGAUACGUCGGCAACUGUUUGCUUCCAGACUUGCAGUGGGCAAACACAAUCGAGGUGUUAUGUGGUGGAGAUUUAGCUUGUCUGCUCAGUUUCAGGCCACUUUGUUUAGAGUGAGGAGAAGGUUUUUUACUUUGAGAGAAAGGGAGAGGUGGCAAUUGUGGAAAAGUAAAAGGAAAAGCAAAAGAAAAAUGGUCUCCUCAAACAGGCCAGUAGCAAAUGUUCUUCAACUGAAUCGUCAUAAAGCAUUACGCAGAUCAGCAAAACAGCUGUCUGACUCUCUUCAGGAAAGUUCUCCCACCUGCUCUGUCGAUCAAACUUUGAAACAUGCUGAUAUCCACAAAGAGCAGAAGCUCUCUUCAAAAACCUGGAGUCCCGAGAAGCUGAAAGAAUGUCGUGUGUUUCUGAGGAAGAUCAACUCUCCAGAUAACGAGUCAACCGAGGAGGAGGGGGACUCUUGCACUGUGACACUGGAUAAUGGCUCGCCUUCUACGGAUUUCUUUGAAGGAAACGAGAAGGACCUGGAAGGAGUUGCUAAAGCUGUGAGAAAUGGAAGAAAAAGGAGCUUGAACAAGAGGACUUGCUCAAGAAAGCGGUCCAAUUGUGCACCUAAAACGGUCCCAAAUGAGAAACAGAGGGGUAAACACAAUCAAUCUGAGGUAGCAUCCCCUGAAAUACCACAACCACCACCAGCGAAAGUGUUGAGACAAUCGCGAAUGAAGGGCCUGACCGGGCCAAGGUGGUGCGACUAUGUUAUUGGAACCUAAAUGAAGCAAGGGCUCCUCCUCUUUCUGGGAUGAGGCUGCAGUUUAACCUGGUGCCUUCGGAUGUUGAGCUGACCACGUGGACUGACUGCCUCACCAUGGUUCAGUCUUACACUCAGCAGCUAUGUAGCAGUCUAACUUAAAAAAAAGCUUGAUGUUGCACUAUUGUUAUUCAUGGACAUGUAUGUGCUUCUUUUCUCUGAUCGUGUAUGUUAGAGCAUUACUCAUUACUUUCAGGAGUUUUAAUAGGUUGAAUAUUUAUAAAGUGAAACCUUUGUUGUAAGGAAAGACGGAGCUCAACUCCAUCAACACAGCAUCGUCAGGUCCACCCCACAUGAAGGUCAACACCACUUCUGUUCUUUCAGUUUGUAAUUUUGCUAUUUAAAAAUCACUCCUGUUCUAAAAUCUGUUAAAUGUAUAGGCUACUUUUUAUAUUUAUAGGAGCUCUUAUUUGAGCACCCUUAAAAUACAAACUUUAAUUUGUUUUUUUAUCACAUCGAAGAUAAAUCAUUGAAAUACUUUAACAAUGUUAGUCUAAUCCAAGCCCUUAGUUUAUUUUGAUUUAGCAGACUACAAAAAUGCUUUUAAUGAAGGAAUGGUCUUUGCUGAAUUGACACUUUAUGUCCUUUUUAGGUAAGCUAGUAAUUUAUCACCCCAACUAAAAGCAUUUAAUUUUUUUGUUUCUUCAUCUGCAAGUUUGCAGUGACUACAUGCUCUUUGUUGUGUCCCACCAAGCAGUUGUAGGACAUAAGCUUUGCUUUCUCUGUCCAUUCGUGGUUAGUCGUAAUCUAGUAAUCUGUCUCGUUUUCACCUCCAGCAUUCACUUAGUUGCUGCCAGAUGUACUUCUUGCACUAUUCCAUGUGAGAUUAUUAAUCCCACUACACAGGCUCCUUCUCCCAUGUUUUGCACAGCCCGUGUCCCACCCCCAGGUCCUACUGUAAACUUAGAAACUCUCUUUGGUGCAAUACAAAGCCAGAUGAUUUAUCAUUAUUUAGAAAUUAUUUUAUUGCUGACAGACAAAUGGAUGUACCCAGUUACCAUUGGCCAAGGAUGUUAUUCACCUUUGUCCAUUGACAUGUAAUGAGAUUUUAACCCAUUAAAACAUGUCAGUACUCUUGCAGUCA